GGUCUCGCGUGAUCACUGAGUGACCGAGUGUGUGGUCGGUGGGAGGAAUCUGGAGAUCUGUAGCUUCGUGGAUCUGUUCUUUUAUUUUCCUGUUUUUGACCGAUCACUUCUCCGUUAGACGACAGGAUGAUGGCCGCCAGGUUUCUGCUGCGUCGCGCGGCUCCGGCGCUCAGGCAGGUCCGCUGCUACGCCGAGGCGGGCGCCGAAUCUCCACAGAUGUCCUUCACCUUCUCCUCGCCGACCGAGGUCUUCUUCAAUGCAGCCAGCGUGAAACAGGUGGACGUCCCCACGAUGACCGGUGCCUUCGGUAUCCUUCCUGCUCACGUCCCCACGCUGCAGGUGCUGAGGCCUGGGGUGGUCACGGUGUUCGGUGAGGACGGCUCUGCCGCCAAGUAUUUCGUAAGCAGUGGUUCGGUCACGGUCAACGCCGACUCUUCAGUGCAGCUGCUUGCUGAGGAGGCUGUUCCUCUGGAUAGCCUGGACCUUACUACUGCUAAAGCUAAUCUGGAGAAGGCCCAGUCCGACUUAGUCAGCACUACAGACGAGGUCUCCAGGGCAGAAGCUCAGAUCAGCAUAGAAGCCAACGAAGCCAUCGUCAAAGCCCUGGAAUAAAUUGUUCAUCUUCAUGGUCUUUGUCAUUUUUCAAGCCCACCUGGAGCAGAUCACUUUGUACAGUGGAUGAAUAUACCAAUAAAUGUGUGAAAAUAA